AUGAUCAACAUCAUUAAUGAUAGUGAUCAUGAUGGUGAUCAUAAUGGUGAUUGUUAUUGUGAUCUUGAUGAUUAUUAUGGCGAUCAUGAAGGUGUACAUGAUGAUCAUAAUGGUGAUUUUAAUGAUCUUGAUAGUGAUCGUGAUGAUUCAGAUAGUUAUCAUGAUUGCCAUGAUAGUGAUCAUAAUGAUUAUGCUGGUGAUCGUGAUGAUCAUAAUGAACAUGAUUGUGAUUCUGAUGAUCAUGGUGGUGGUAAUUAUAAUCAUGAUGAUGAUUAUGAUGAUAAUCAUGAUAGUGAUCAUGAUGGUGAAUAUGAUGGAGACCACGAAGAUUAUGUUACGUCUGGCAAAAUUUAA